AUGGCCGAGGCGAACGAUGCAGCACCCAUGGACCUACCAAUACGGGAGAAGCAGCCCAAACAGCAACUCACAAAGGGCAUGGAGCACAUGCGAUCCUACGUAACCAUCCAGGACAAUGCCGCCGCCACACCAGCCAAGGAUACCACAGACCCCGGCUCAGAUGCCUACGGAGUCCCAGCAACUUACGCUCCAAUCCGCCAGCCAACCUCAGCGCCUAUACAGAACAACCCAGAAAAACGCAGCGAUCCCUUCCAAUUCGGAACCCGCUACCUCGAGCAAGGCGACGACAUCUUCUCCCACAACGCCUGGGACCACGUGGAAGUCGACCCGCAAUAUAGCGACUUCAUCGUCGAGCAGACAGAAUUUCAGCGCUCGAAUCAGGUCUCGGAUUUCGACAAGCAGCGCUUCAACUCCCAGCCCGAGAAAUGGUGGGAUAAGUUCUACUCCAACAAUGCGGCGAAUUUCUUCAAGGAUCGGAAGUGGUUGGGUCAGGAAUUUCCGGUGUUGGGAGAGGUUACGAGAGAGGGUUAUGGGCCGGUGACGGUGCUGGAAGUGGGAGCUGGAGCCGGGAAUACUGCGUUCCCAAUCCUGGCGACGAAUGAGAACCCAGAGUUGAGGUUGCGUGCAUGCGACUAUAGCAAGAAGGCCAUUGAGAUCAUUCGAGCGCAGGAGGCAUAUACGGCUCAAGAGUCGCCGGCACUGCAGGCAGAUGUAUGGGAUGUAGCUGGCGAAGAGCUUCCGCCGGGUUUGGAACCUGGAUCUGUGGAUGUCGUGCUUAUGAUCUUCAUCUUCUCGGCUCUCUCACCAGAUCAAUGGAAGAGAGCUGUGCGGAACACCUUCACACUUCUGAAGCCCGGGGGCGAAGUUUUGUUUCGGGAUUACGGAAGGGGGGAUUUGGCGCAAGUGCGGUUCAAGAAGGGACGGUAUCUGGACGAGAACUUUUAUGUGCGUGGAGAUGGGACGAGGGUGUACUUCUUCGAGGAGGAAGAAUUGAGGAGGAUUUGGGAAGGCCGUUCAGCGGAAGAUGGCGAAGAUGCCAAUGCCGAUGACGAAUCCGAGGACAAGAAAGAAGCCGCCCCGAAGUUUGAGAUCGUCAACCUGGCAGUCGACCGAAGGAUGCUGGUCAACCGGCAGCGAAAACUCAAGAUGUACCGCUGCUGGAUGCAAGGACGAUUCAGGAAGCCUCCAACAUGA